CGCAGCUGGACCCGCAGCCCUGCAAGGAGAGGAGUCUCCCUUCCCUUCACACUUCUCGUCCAGGUGUGACAUUUCUGGAGUUCCUCAUUAGAACCGCACAACUCGAACGAGACAAUGACGGACCCCUCGCGCCAGACCCCACCGCCGUCCCGGACCCGGUAACAGUGGUGGAAACCAAGGCGGUGAACGGGCAGUGUGAGCAGACGGAACCCCUGGACCAGCAGCAGCAGCAGCAGCAGCAGCUUCACACAGAAAGUCAGGGAGAGGCUUUAAAGAUGGACCAGGAGAUGAAGAUAACAGACAGCUUAGAGGACGGAGGUCUCCUGGAAAGCAGCAUGCGCCUGAAGCCUCAUGAAGCACAGAGUUUCCGCAAGAAAGCACUGUGGGUGUCCUGGGUGUCCAUAGUGGUCACCAUCGUCCUGGCUAUCGUUGCUUUCACUGUUUCCUUCAUGCGUCACAGUGCUUCAGCUUUUGGAUUUGCCUUUGAUGCCAUGCUGGACGUCUUGUCCUCCAUCAUUGUGGUGUGGCGAUACAGCAACGCCGCAGCGGUUCACUCAGCACACCGUGAAUACAUAGCCUGUGUUAUUCUGGGCGUGGUUUUUAUCCUGUCCUCCUUUUGCAUCAUGGGUAAAGCCAUCCAUGACCUGGCCACCAAGCUGCUACCUGAAGUGGAUGGAUUCCUGUUCAGCGUGUCCAUCGUCAGUGGCUUGCUGUGUCUCGUCCUCGCUGUGAUCAAGUUUAUGCUCGGCAAAGUACUCACGAGCCGAGCCCUCAUGACUGAUGGAUUUAACUCACUGGUGGGGGCAAUCAUGGGAUUCUCCAUCCUAAUAAGUGCUGAAGUGUUCAAGCAUGAGCCCAAGGUGUGGUACCUGGAUGGGACAAUAGGCGUCCUCAUUGGUUUUAUCAUCCUCGCCUACGGAGUCAAGCUGCUGGUGGACAUGGUCCCACGGAUCCGGCAAACCAGGAACUACGAGCGUUUUGAGUGAUGGUCCACCGAGUGG